CGCCGUGAGGGGAGGCGGGACGGGGCGGGCUGAGGCGGCCAUGGCGGGCACAGGGCGAGCUGCUAUUGCCGGGGGACGAUGCCUGCACACCACGGUGAAGUUUCUGAGGAAAACUGGAGCUGAGCAGAGGUGGUUGGAGCGGCACUUGAAGGAUCCCUUUGUCAAGGCAUCGAAGCAGCAGCAUUACCGGUGCCGAAGUGCCUUCAAGUUGCUGGAAAUUGAUGACAAGCUCUGUGUUCUUCGUCCAGGAUUUUCUGUUCUUGACUGUGGAGCAGCACCUGGUGCUUGGAGCCAGGUUGCUGUAGAGAGGGUCAAUGCCUUAGGUACUGAUGCUGCUGUCCCCACUGGCUUCGUGCUUGGCGUGGACCUGCUGCGGAUUUCUCCUCUGGAAGGAGCGGUUUUCCUGUCGGAGACUGACAUGGCAGAGCCCAGCACACUGAGGGCCAUCCAGAGCCUGCUUCCCUUAGGAAAAGCAGAUGUCAUCCUGAGUGACAUGGCACCCAACGCCACGGGCAUCAAAGAGCUGGAUCAUCAGAAGCUGAUCAGUCUGUGUUUAGGCCUUCUGGAUAUGUCCCAAAGCAUUUUAAAGCCAAAAGGAACGAUGCUCUGUAAAUUCUGGGAUGGAUCCGAGGCCCGUCUGCUGCAAAACAGACUGAAGGAGCAGUUCCAGGAUGUGAGAACUAUAAAGCCUCAGGCCAGCCGGAAGGACUCUGCGGAAUCUUAUUACUUGGCAAGGCUGUACAGAGGGAAAUGAAAGUCAUGAGCUGCAGAUUCUCUGACAUGGAUUGGAAAUUUCAAUUUAGUGGGUGUUUAAAGGAAAAUCCCACCAUUAAGACCUUGGGAAAAUUUGCUACUCUUCUUUAAGUCCAUCAGGCUUUUCAAAUACUUGCGGACAAAAUGGUUGGGAAUGGAGAGGAAUAACCUGAAAGGCAACCUCUGGGACUGGAGUAAUAGAAAUGAAAAUAAAAUGCUGAUCAUAUGA